AUGUCAAGCUCCACUGACACGCUACGGUUUUGCUUCCCCACGCACGGUGACUCUAUCCUCAGCAAAAUCAACUCUCUAAGAGAGGAGCAGCGCUUCUGUGACAUCACACUCCUCCUUGGUCGUCCACAAGGCUCCACUGUCCCACUCCACUUCCACGGUCACAGAGCGGUGCUGGCUGCCUCCUCAAACUUCUUACGUGACCAAUUCCUGCUCCACGAAGGCCGGGAACUGAGUUUGGGUGUAGUGUCCAGUGUGGAGGUUGGCAAGAGACUUCUCCUGUCCUGCUACACCGGGCUAUUAGAGGUCCCUGUGAGAGAGCUGGUGAGCUACCUGACUGCUGCCAGUGUGCUCCAGAUGAGCCAGGUGGUGGAGAAAUGCUCCCAGGCCAUCUCCCAGUACCUCAGUCCCACCCUGGCUUUCUUGGAACUGGAGAGACGCACAGAGGAGAAAGAAAUCCAGCUGCAAGACAGUGAUUUGCCAAUUACCAGCUUUAAAAAUCAAGAUGAAAGAGACGCUGCAGAGGACGGAUGGGCGUCUGUGAUUCGGUUAAAGCCAAGGUCAGGUCAAGGGCUGAGGGAGGAAGAAUUUGUUGACACUUCCCCAAACCAAGGCGAAGCAGCAGAGGGAGAUGAAAGAGAAGAGGGGGAAAUGUUUUUGCUGGCAGCUCAACUGCAAGAAUGUGGAGAGCCGAGGGACUCUGGAGCACAUCUGCCAAAGGGUCAAUGUUCGGAAGACGAGCUAACAGAAGAUUCAGACAGCGUUCUGAUCCAGAGGCCGUACCUGUGCAGGAGGUGUGACCGAGUCUUCCAGCACCUGGAGAGCUACGUGGUGCACCUGAAGGAGCACAAACAGUACUGGUGUUUGGUGUGUGGGAAGGGCUUUUCCCAGAGGAGUAAUCUGACCCGGCACAUACGCGUUCACACCGGGGUCAAGCCAUUUCGAUGCCCCCUGUGUCACAAGACAUUCUCCCAAAGGGCCACGUUGCAAGACCACCUCAAUCUGCACACAGGGGAUAAGCCCCAUAAGUGUAGAUACUGUGCUGUGCACUUUGCUCACAAACCAGGCCUCAGGCGCCACCUGAAGGACAUCCAUGGUAAGAGUAGCCUGCAAAACAUGCUUGAGGAGGCCAUGGGCUGUUGAAAAAGGAACAGUGUUAGCACAAAUUGAGUUAGUAUGGUCUUUAUAGUGGUUUUGAGUCCAUAUAUAUUUGUCAAACAGGGU